AGAAGCCGCAGCAGCAGCAGUUAGCAGGAGGCUAGCGAGCGGAAGCUAACGUGAUGUCUGCAGCCUCCAGGCUGGCGCUCGGUGUCUCUGUGGUUCUGACGCUCAGCACCGUGGCCGCCGUUCACCUCAACCAGGCCUGGGACCGACAGCGGCUCCACGAAGGUGUGGUCAGGGACCUGGAGCGCUGGGAGAGGAAGAAGGAGAAUCUGAGGAGGUUGGAGGAGCAGAAGAUUCUGGGCAGACGCCUGAAGGAGGAGAGAGACAGAGCUCCGCCCACAGGAGCAGCACUGAGUCAGGUGGAUUCUGGGAACCAGAGGCCCAGUGAUGGACAGCAGCAGUGAGCCGCUGGGGGCGGGGGAGGACGAGGCGGCGGGCACGUCGGCCUCUGAGGGGCUGGAG